GCGUCUGUCUGUGCUUGUGCGACUCGCUGCGGGAGGCAGGUUUCAAAUGGUAUCUUGUAAACAUUAAAAGAGUUUGUUAAAAAUGCCUAUGAAAGGAAGGUUCCCGAUCAGGAGGACCCUGGACUACCUGCAGAAGGGCGACAUCAUCUUUAAAAACCGAGUCAAGAUCAUGACGGUGAAUUACAACACACAUGGAGAGCUGAGCGACGGAGCAAGAAAGUUUGUGUUCUUCAAUAUUCCUCAGAUUCAGUACAAAAACCCGUGGGUCCAAGUAAUGAUGUUCAAAAAUAUGACACCAUCACCAUUCUUGAAGUUCUACCUGGAUGAUGGGGAGCAGGUACUGGUGGAUGUAGAAGGGAAGGACUACAAACAAAUUUCACAACACGUUAAGAAGAUUUUGGGAAAAUCAGAACAAGUGUUACAAGCUGAAUCCCGCGCCAAGAUGCAGGCAUCCAACCCCGCCAACUUUGGACCAAAGAAGUAUUGUCUAAGGGAGUGUAUCUGUGAGGUGGAUGGCCAGGUGCCGUGUCCUGGCACCACACCACUGCCCAAGGAGAUGACAGGCAAAUAUCGAACCCAGAUGGCAGCAUCACAGGAGUAAGAGGCUGAGAAGGAGAGCAGACUAUUGUUGAUUUACUGGACAAUAUUAUUAUAUUAUUGUUGCGUUUGAUUUUGUACAGUUACAUAAAAGGACUAACACAUUGCAUAUUUUGUUGUAAAUAUGCACAAGUGAAUGGGUCCCAUUAUUCUGUGUGAAUUGGAGAUUGUCAGUGCCUGGACUGACACCCGCCACUCCACCAUAAAUCCAGUACAAACACUUGUCAGUGUUGGGGGUGUUGAUACUUCGUGCCAGGUUUGGACAUCUUAACCUCACACCCUCUGUUUGUACAUGAUGUGACCCGGUUAAAGAUUCCUGUCAUCCAGGUGUGAGCUGAAAAUUACAAUGUAAACAUUCAAAUAAAACCUAAAUUUGCCUGUG